CGGCAGACGAGCCCCCGGAGCCGAACCACCCAACGGUGCUCGUCUCGGCGAGGGCUGGCGAGGCGGUCCUGCGGGGUGCCCACCUGCAGGCCAAGCACAUCUUUGCCACCGUGCCGGCCAGCGGCAAGCUGCGCCGCGGGUCGCUGGUGUCAGUGUUCGCGGCGGCCCGCGAGACCCACCCAUCCGGGGGAUUUCUCCGCGCCAGACGACCUAGAGGCUGGCGGAGAGGAGGCUGCUGUGGGGGAAGCAGUUCGGCGGCUCGUGCACACGCGCUACCCAGACGGCGCCGGCGGUGCAUCGACAGAGGCCAUCUUCGUCGGCAACGGGAUCUGGUGCCCGCCCGGGGGCGUGCGGAUGUCUGCCGGCUUCGUGCCCGCAAUGGCCUUGCCCUCCAUGAACGGCGUCAGGGUCUCCCACGGCAGCCUGGCGCCCGCCAAGUCGGUGCUGCCAGAGUGGCUGGUGCCGCAGAGCGCCUCCUCGGCCGCCACGGUGCACAUCCUGGCCCCCGAGCCCGGCGAGCGCGUGCUGGACCUGUGCGCCGCCCCUGGCGGCAAGACCCGGCUCGCCGCCGAGCUGAUGCACAACCGGGGCGAGAUUGUGGCCGUGGAGUCCAGCGAGCCCCGGCUGGCGCGCCUGAGGCAGUUGCUCGCGCACGCAGGCGCGAGCAUCGUGGAGUGCGUGCUGGCCGACGGGGCGAAGUGGAGGAGCGGCUCCCCCCGGAGGCCCUUUGACCGCGCGCUGGUGGACGCUCCCUGCUCCGCGUCGGGCCUGUGGCCCAGGCUGGACUGGAAGCGGGUCACGCCCGACGGCGUCGCAGCGCUCGCGGCCCAGCAGUUCAGCUUGCUGGCCGCCGCUGCGCGGGAGGUCCGCCCCGGCGGGGUCGUGGUGUACUCGGUGUGCUCCUACCUGCCGCAGGAGACCCUGGCCGUGGCGCUCCGCGCGCUCGCGGAGCUGCCGCUCGAGCUCGACGGCGAGAUCGGCCGCGGCGGCACCUCGGGCGCGGGUCUGCACGGCGGCUGGGGCGACGACUGCGACAUGAUGGGGUUCUUCUCGAGGUCAAGGAAGACGUCCGGCUUCGUUGCGCCGUGGAUGUUCCAGUCGGGCAAGGGCCGCCCGGCGCGGCCUCCCCGCGCGGCCGCCAUGAGCAAGCGCUCGGCCGAGGACUCGGCGGGCGGCGCGGCGCCCGCCGCGGGGCGCCCGGUGCAGCAGCUGGGGAGCGGUGCAGGCGCGAAGGCCACGGCCCUCCACGGCUCGUGGAAGUCCGCGAAGGGCACCUGCGUCAUCGGGAAGGACCCGGUCACGGCCCGGCUCUCCUACAUGGAGCCGCUGGAGGAGGGGCAGCGCCUCCACGGCUGGCUGGACGCCGUGGCGGGGGAGGAGUCGCUGUGGCAGGGGUCCCUGGCGCUCCUGGAGGCCGGCAAAGGCCCGUGGUACGGGCCGUCCUUCGGUCCAGCCCCGGAGGUCGUGGGGGACAUCCGGGUGCGCCUGAAGGGCGGGGACCCCAAGCCAGCCAUGGAGACGCAGAUCCGCGUCGCCGACGAGGAGGGCGCAGACUGGGAGGAUCGACCCACGGCCUUCGAGCUCGACCGGGCGGGCGUGGACGCGGCCCAGAUGGCGAAGCCGAACCUGGAGAGGAUACUGCCGAUGACGCAGGCCGACGGCCUCGAGGAGGAUAAGGAGCAGGGCGACCAGAAGAGGUCCAAGACAUGA